UUAGAGCACACACGGCACAAUGAUGCUCCAGCGCGCUGGUCCUCUUCGUGCGGGUACUCAGCCAGUUCCGCGAGCGGCGGCCCGUCGCGUUGUUGUAUGCCGCGCACAAAAGUCUGAGGAUGCUUCUCCUGUUAAAGUCAUGGCCCUGCCGCUGGCGUCCAUGGUAGCUGCAGCCCUCAUCGCUGGCGCAGCUCUACCGGAAGAUGCCCUGGCCGCGUCGCAGCGCUCUGGUGGACGUAUUGGUGGCUCUAGCGGCUUUGCUUCCCGCAGAGGAGCGGCGCCUUCACGCGGAAUUCAGACCCAUGCAGCUCCCUCCGUGCACAGCACCACUGUGCACCACAGCACCACUGUGGUGAUGGCGCCCCCCGCACCGGUUUUCAGCCCUUUCGGCUUCUCCCCUUUUGGCUUCUCUCCUUUCGGUGGCUUCGGAGUCAGCUUUGGGAUGCCCAUCUUCCUGCCCGGCUCUUUGUUCAGCGGCCUGUUCGGCCUCAUGUUCAUCGCACUUCUCUUCAAUGUUGUGUUUGGAGUCAUCCGGAGCUUCGCCGCCGCACAGAAGAAGGAUAAGAACGAUGACAGCUGGGGCGACCUGUGAACGUUGAGCAGCAGUUGAGCGGCGGUUGAGAGCGAGCCUUGGUGCCCCCUGUAUUAUUGUGAGUCGUGAGUGAUGCACCAGGGUAGUUAGUUAUUGAUUGACGGGGUGAGAGAGCAACUGGGACGUGAGCGCGUGGCUGGGAGGCCCUUUGCCGGUCUAGAGAGCUUGUUGGCUCUGACCGGACAUGCAGGACAUGCGGUCCUGGUAACAAUUUUGCGAUAAUUGCCUGUUGCCUUUCAUUCAAGUAGAGCGAGUACCAAGUAAAUAAGAAAUCCGGUGGGAGCAUGGGGACUUGGUGCCUGGAACACGAGAGAGUUUUGUACGGUUAUGGACUUUUCGAUUGGCCGCCGUGCUGUAUGUGUCUUAUCUGGAUCUCCCCUAAGCGGGCUACCUGUUCAGGUAGUGUAGCCGUAUCGUGUGCCGUGAACUGUAACAAAACACGCAGGUC